AUGCGGCGUCUCAAAACUGUAUUCCGGUCCAAGACUGAGCCAUCUAACCCUGCUGCAUCUCGUACUGUCUGGCCACGACGACGUCCAACGUCUGAGGAAGACCCAUUGAAGCAUCAGCCCGAAGCCGCCUCGAAUGAGAUACAAUGCGAUGAGGACCCGACAGCAGAAGCAGGACCCAGCGAUGCGAACAAGGCACCUAGCUCGGCUGUAGCAACCCCCGUUGACAAUGCCGAAACUGAGUCGACUGUUCAGCACACCCAAGAUACGGGCGAACUUACUCGGUCCAAGAAUGGCACCAAGCGUCUGAAGAGAAUGGUUACUCGCUUGCGCAGCAGUCUAUCCCAGGAAGAUGACCCCAUCACGGACACACAGCUUGAAGCUGCACAGGAGGGUGCCCGCAAAGGGAGGUCGAGCUCCAAACCGUUGACUUCCAACCCCGUUGGGCAAGAUACUGCUGCCGGGGAAUCAUCCACAGCUGGCAAGUCUGUCAGGUUCGAUAACCCGAAAGAGGGGCGGAAGGUCAGCACUCAAACGACUCAUUCUCAGGAGUCCAGUCAAACCGAGGCUACUGUCUCCCAAACCCCUGCCCAGCACCUCGGGAUGCCAACUCAGGGGCCUUUGGGGGAAUGGGGAUGGCCGGGACUGAUGCUGUAUUACCCUGACGAUAGUAGCAGCAAUACCAAAAAGCAUACUCACGAGGGUUCGGACCCGUUCUCAGAUGGGAAGGCGACCGACGUUAAACAAGGAAAAUCGAGUUCGAGGCAUAGUGCAGGUACGAGCCGCGAGGAAUCAUCCAGGGCUUCUGAAGCGACGCUGGAGCCUAUCGCCGAGACUGAUUUCGACACAAUUGAAUCGGUCAUCGAACGUCCGGGGGGAAGUUCGGCCAACAGCCAAACAAGUCGAAUUAGUUGGAGUAGCACACUUGACUCGCCCAAGGCUAUCGCGGCCUACAACAAGAUGGCAGCUCAGUUUGGGAUCUCGCUUGCCAUUCCAUUUAAUGAUACUCCAAGCCCACCAUCAGAGCGCAAUCCCGAACAAGCCACGAGUCGUCGUGGAUUUGGAUUGUUGGGCAGAGUUCGCAAGGUGCGAUCCAGUUUGGAUGUCGAUACAACUCCCUUGGUACCAGCUCCUAAACUGCGACGAAUGAAAACAUUGGCGAAUAUUCGUCGCCCCAGUACGAUGACUUCGUUGCAAGGAAGAUCGAUUCAGACUUUGGCCCGUCUUGGAGGACAUGGCUAUCUUAUGCUGACGGAAUUAGCCCCCUGUCCCGUGCAGCUCCCCGCAUACAUUGUGGCAACGCUGAUGUUUCUGCACAAAUAUGGUCUUAACACUCCCGAGAUCUUCGUCCAGCCCGGCGAUCUGAAAGUCGCCAUUCGCUUGUAUGAGCACUUUGCUAGCCAGGUGCUAGAGGCAGAGAAAGAUGAAUCUAAGAUUUCCCUCACGAUGCGUGUAGUUGCCAUGCCCCAGCUCCGUGAGGACUCAGCGCCCGUCCUGAGUGUCGCCUGGGCGUUAAGGGCCGUGCUGGCGGGGCUUCCAAACGGGAUCCUCGGGAGUGUCCGGCUCUACCGAAUCCUGAGGGCGAUGUACUAUCACUGGACCCCCAAUCCAUCCCAUCUGCUCCGUGUGCCAGAUUGUAUCUCUGAGGCAAGCCCAACGACCGCCGCCCGAGUGCAGCUUAUCUGUCUUGCGCUCAUCGCCCUUGCGCCUGAGAUGCAGCUCGACCUUAUCUGUGCGGUAUUUGGGCUUCUUUCCUUGUUGGUGAAUGUGGAGACCGACGCCCAGGACCCCGGGAUGGAGCUCCGUGAUCCAGUGGCGAGUCCCAACUUCCACGAGUUGGCGCGGGUGUUUGGACCGCUCCUCCUAGGGGCCAGGGGGCAAGCCAACGACGAAGGAAUCUCAGCAGUGGAAAGGGAGAUUGAGGAACAACGCGUGGCGGGGCUAUUGCUCAAUAAUUGGCACUUUAUCCACCGACAGCUGCAACACUGGACGAAAGAACGAUACGUGGUGGGCAGGGAAUAA